AUGUUAGAGCAUUUGAGUGAGAAGGAACAUUGCCUGGUUUUACAUAUUUAUUUUUUGCAAGUUCCUGAACUCCUUGUAAUAUCCGAGUCAUUCUACUGCGAAUACUCUAUAUAGCGCUAAACAAUAGAAUACGUAAACAAACAAGGUGGCCUUUAGAGUAUUGAGAAUAUUGACUUACACUGAUGCUCUGACAAAUAUCAAGCUAGAGAAACAUUCUACUAUCCCCAAAAAUAGUAUGCCUGUCUACAUUACAGUCCAAAGAGGUAAC